AUGACUAUUGAUGAGCGUGAAAAGGAACACGAUCUACGAAAUCAGGCUCAGUUCAGUGAUAAAAAAGUUCGUGUGGUGUACAAAGGAGAUAUUACAAAGGCGUCUGACAUCACAAGAGUUAAAAAACACAUACUCCCUCCUCGCCGUUUUCAAAAAACUAGCUUCUCUACGAAACCGUUGCUCAGAUUGCCUUUGUUUAAUGCACGUAGCCUGAUGAAUAAAUCUUGGCUGAACAGCAAAAUCACGGACCCAGAACUUUGUUCAAUUUUCCCAUACACGAUAAUCAGAAAAGAUAGGCACGGUAAGGCAGGAGGAGGUGUAUGUGUUUUUUGCAUAAUAUUCUUUUGUUUGAGAGAGUCGUAUUCGAUUGCAGCUCUCUUAGUUCAGAUGUCUUAUGCUUUGACAUCUGCCUACCAAAUUCCUGCAAGCAAAGAUUUCUCCUUCUGUAUCGCCCGCCCCGAUCUACGUCCCUACAAGAUGAUCGAUUGUUUGGAAUCCUGG